AUGAGUGCUGUUGAAACUAAGAUGUCAUCGUCUAGCUCUCCUGUCGCUCCAAAGAGAGGGGGUGGUGCCAUCAACAAUGAAAAGACGACUGGUAGUGGCAGCACGACAAAAUCUUCUAACUCUUAUGUCGCUCCAAAGAGCGGACGUGGUCGGCCACUGAGGACUGUCACUGAUGAUGAAAAGACAACGAGUGAUUGUGAGACGAAGACAGCAUCUACCUGUACCACUGUCGCUUCAAAGAAAGCUCGCGGUCGUCCUUCCAUACCUGCCAUCGAUGAUGGGAAGGCAACUGGUAGUGAGGGAAAGGCAGUACCCAUUAGUCCUUCUGUAGCUGCAAAAAGAGGGCUUGGGCAUCCAAAUAACUCCAACAAGACGAUUGCUGGUGCUAGUAAGACAGCAUCGACUACUCCUACUGCCGCUACAAAACGAGGCCGUGGUCGGUCACUGCACAUCAGCCACAGUGUUUCUGCAGUUGAAUACCUCAAGGCUUGGAUGAUGUCUCCCGAACACAUUGCUCACCCUUAUCCUACCAAGACGGAAAAGACAAAAAUGGUGGCUGACACUGGAAUUUUUCAGCAACUGGAUAAUUGGUUUGCAUACACUCGAAAGCGCCAUUGGAAGCCUCCUGUCGAUUCCACUAGAGGACCUGGGCGUCCACGAGAAACUGCAUUCAACGAUGGUGCCAAGGCGAAGAGGGCUGGUCCUACACGAAAAAUUGCACUGAGUGAUGACAACAAGACGAGCGGAAGUGGUGAUGACAGCAAACCAGCAUCUACUAGUCCUGCUGUAGCUGCAAAGGGAGGCUCUGGUUGGCCACCACAAAGUGCCGCCAACAAAGAUAGAAAAGACUCGAAUGGAAAAGCGGCGGCAUUUGACUACCUCAAGGCUUGGAUGAUGUCUCCAGAACACAUUGCUCAUCCUUAUCCUACUAAAUCGGAAAAGGCCAAGAUGAUGGCUGACACGGGUAUGGAACUAAAGCAGCUAGAUACUUGGUUUGUCAACAACCGAAAGCGCUACUGGAAGCCUCAAGUCGGUAACAAGUUGCAAUCAUCAGUGGGCAAGACAGUAUCUCCCAGUCCUCUUGUCGCUCCAAAAAUGGGGCCGGGGCGUCUACGAAAAAAUUCAUUCAACGAUGACAAGAAGGCGAGUGGGAUGGCUUCCAAUCCUACUCCUGCUAAAAUGAGAGGACCUGGGCGUCCACGAAAGUCUAUUCCUUUGGCAGUUCGAAUUGUUAAAAAAGGAAAUAGUGACAGCAAUGAACCAUCCCUUGGCGAUCAUACCGCUCGGAAGAGGGCUCGCCCGCCCAAAUGUGCUAUCAACUUGGAAAAUGAAAUGGGAGGUCACAAUAAGAAUGCUGGAGAUGGGGAUAAGGACGAGAAGCAAAUGAGUCUAAAAGUUAGCACGAAUUCCAAACUUCCAAAUGCCAAACCGGCUGCAGAUCCGACCAAAUGGAGUACAGAAAAUGGAGGAAAUCCUAGAAAGAAUUACAAGACCGCAUCCAGUGAAAUCGAAGCAACCUCAAGUAGUGGUGGCAAACGUGAGCGUGUUUCCACUGCGAAAGGAAAAGCAUGGAAUACAAACCAGUCCAAUAGAAUAGGAGCACAAGCCCUUGAAUACCUCACGGAUUGGAUGACAAGUCCCGAUCACAUUGUUUAUCCUUAUCCAACCGAUCCAGAAAAGGCUAAAAUGAUGGCUGACACGGGCAUGGAACUCAAGCAACUGAAUACUUGGUUUUCCAACUAUCGAAAGCGUUAUUGGAAGCCUAGAGUCGCUGAAAAAUUUCAAUCAACAGGCAGCUAUUCGACUUCUUCUUCGAAUGGUGUGCAAGGAAAAGUAAAAACUAUCGGAGAUAGCAGAAUACAAGUGCAGAAAAGUGGAUCUGAUGCUGGUAGCAAACCCAAAUCAAUAGGCAUUAGCCAAUCGAAGUCUCCAAAGAGGUCCCCGGACCGGCUGCGCAAGCAUGCUAUCGGAUCUCACAAUAAUACAAGCAAUCAUUAUGGAAGCGGAGACAGUGUCAAGAAGAAGACAGUAUUGAUACGCUCGGCUAUUUCAAUCAAGGGCCGCAGCCCGCCAUCAGAACAUGCUGUCGCUUCACUCAACCUUGAAAGUGGGGGCAAUGCCAAGCACAAGAGCACAAUGAAACGUGUCAUUCAGUCUACGACUACAUUUCCGAAGAAGGCUCCCAAUUGCCCACUAAAACAAUUCAUCGGCACAAAAGGGAACAUGGCAAGAUUCUGCAAACGUUCACAGAUUGAUGACGCAAGUCUCAAUUGCAGAAGUUGCCAUGGUGGUAGAAACGGAGACUUCGAUGAGAAAAGGAGCAGCAAAUCAUAUGGGCAUAGUUAG